AUGGCAACCUUCGCCGCCGUUCUCUCACGUUCUUCUCUUCCUCUUCCUACUAGACGAACUCGUUGCCGGAUUUCACCUGCUCGCCCUUUUUCUGUUAUUUAUCCCACUGCGUAUUUGAUCAAAUCUCGAAGUUUAAGAUCCCUAGUUUUAGCUUCCUCAGCUUCUUCUUCCGGCUGGGAAUUUAAUUCUCGAGAUGGAAAUUCUCAGUCGAAGAAAUCAGUUCUCUCAAAUUUGAUACAAGAGAUAGAGCCUUUGGAUGUGAGCCUUAUUCUGAAAGACGUUCCACCUACGACAAUAGAUGCUAUGAAAAGGACCAUUUCAGGAAUGUUGGGCUUGCUUCCAUCUGACCAAUUUCGGGUGAUGAUUGAAGCGUUAUGGGAACCACUUUCCAAGCUGUUGAUUUCUUCAAUGAUGACCGGGUUUAUUAACCUUGCAACGGUCAAUGCUGAAUUUAGGCUUUGCCUUGAGAAAAAAUUUGAAAUCCAUGAAGGACAUAUUGAUAAACAAAAAGCUGAAGAUUCUAAACUUGAAGGUGAAGGUUUGUUGCUCAAUGAAGAUGGAGUGAGCAAGAUCUUUAGACAAGACAACUUGCCACUAUCAGAGACUACCAGUGAAGUUACAUCCCAGAUUCCUGAUCUCGGGGACAUUUCUCUUGAAGCUCAAGAAUAUAUAUGGAGAUUGCAAUCUAGUUUAUCUUCUGUCAGAAAGGAGCUCCAUGAACUUAAGCGGAAAAGUGCGGCUCUUCAGAUGCAACAGUUUGUGGGGGAAGAAAAGAAUGACUUGUUAGAUUAUUUAAGAUCUUUGCAACCAGAAAAGGUAGUGGAGCUUUCAGAACCGUCAUCUCCUCAGUUGAAGGAUACGAUACAUUCAGUAGUACAUGGUCUCUUGGCUACCCUUUCUCCUAAAAUGCAUUCAAAAGCACCUGAUCUCUCUGACAAUCCAGCUAUAGGAACCAUAAUUAUUGAAACAGAAGAAGAUUGCAUCGAUCUUGUUGAAAACAAUUCCCUUCAAUUCCAACCCCUUAUUUCUUUGACGCGUGAUUAUCUGGCACGCCUACUGUUUUGGUGCAUGUUGCUGGGACACUACCUUAGAGGCCUAGAGUAUCGGUUGGAGCUUAUGGAACUUCUGUCUUUACCUUGUGUUGAAGAGAAUGGUACUUUUGAAGAAUGA